CCGAUCUCGUCGUGAUAACUUCCUCCACCAAACCGAUGACAUGGCGGACGCCAGGGACACGACCGCCACCAGCACCGACCACCACCACCACCAAACUAGCCGCGGCGCAGCGGCACCGCCAGCGGCGAAAGGCGGCGCGACCAUAUCCAUCACCAUCGUCCUCCUCGCGCUGCUCGUGGCCUCUGUCGCGGCGUUCCAGAUGUCGUCGCCAUCGCCCCGGAUGGAGGCACCGGGCGUGGGGGAUGGCAGCCGCCCCGGCGCCGAGCCGGUGGAGCAGGCCGUCGGCCAUGGCGGCGUCCCCGGGUUCAACAGCCGGCUGGACGCGUUCCGCGCGUGGGCCAAACUGACGUGGAUGAAGCUUCAGCGGCCGCGCUCCGAUGAUCCACGGUAUGAUGCUGGUGGAAAUGGAAUCGCCGGCUCGGCAGCGGAGGCGACGAAGAAGAGCCUGGAGAUGGGCAAAGAGACGGCGGAGCAGGCGGCGGCGAGCGCCGCGGGGCUGGCCAGGGACACGGUGAAGGGAGUGGCCGCGCCCAACUCCGGUGCAGAGCUGUGAAUAGUAUAGGGUGCUGCCGGCACGUACGUUUAGUUUUGGCCGUGCAAAUAUCUGCACUCUAGCGUAGUUUAUUGUGUUGUGCUGGUGUUCUGGGUGCCUGAGCACCCUGCGCUGAUCGCCGGCGCUGAAGUUCCACAUGUAUAUGUAGGAAUAAACACGACGUGUAGUCGUGUGUCCUAGUCGGACACUGAUCCAGCACCUAUAGUAACAAUAGGAUUAGAAGCCGUAUCCGAGUAGAUUAGGUUGAUACUCCUAGCUGCUAUAUAUACUCACGUGUAACCCUGUAAUGUGUAACAACGAAAAGUUCAGAGCAGUAAAGAAUAGUAACAGGCUCGACACGAGCCUGUGGCCAUCA